AUGGCCUCCACCAAAACCGCAAGAAUAGGAGAAGAGUCUGUAUUUCCAUCUCCCCCAAUACCCUCUCCCGCAAAAGCAUUCCACCCCAAUCCAAUCCAAGCUAACCCUCCUCUCCCACCCCCUUUUCCCAGGACAUGGAAGACAAGAGUCGACAAAGUCAACGCCGAACUCGUAACCCUGACCUACGGCACAAUUGUCGCGCAGCUCUGUAACGACUAUGACAGCGACUACGCCGAAGUAAAUAAGCAGCUAGAUAGGAUGGGCUAUAACAUCGGCAUGCGCCUUAUAGAAGAUUACCUGGCGAAAUCGAAUACGGGCCGCUGUGCGAAUUUUCGAGAGACGGCGGAUAUGAUUUCGAAGGUUGGUUUUAAAAUAUUCCUAAACAUCACGCCGACAAUCGCAAACUGGACGAGCGACAAUAAGUCCUUCUCACUCAUCUUUGAUGAGAAUCCGCUGGCGGACUUCGUGGAGUUGCCCGAUGAUGGAAGGGCGCAGGAUGAGUUGUGGUUUUCGAAUAUCUUGUGUGGGGUUCUUAGAGGGGCAUUGGAGAUGGUCCAAAUGCAAGUCGAAGCACAUUUUGUGAGCGAUGUGCUGCGGGGGAAUGAGACGACGGAGAUGCGGGUGUCGCUUGUUCGGUAUCUGGAGGACGAGCUGCCGCCGGAAGAUUGA